CCGAAUGGUACAUGGUGCGGUGCAGCCCCACCCCGCGCUCGUUGGCCGCGGCCCUUCCGUGGACUGGGCUGCAUCCUGUGGUCACAGCCGCCCUGACUUUCUCCGUCUUUGAGACGCCGGCAGCGCAGUCUCGGAGGAGCCGCGGCCAGCGCCCGCACUUAACGGCUGAAGGAGCCGCUUUGUCUGAGGCUGAGGGGUCUGGGCGCGGUCUCACGGGAGGUGGUGGUAGGCCUCUAUCCUGGCUCUUCCGGUAAGAGCGAGGGGUCUGAGUCCUGAGGGCGUAGUUCCGGGUGGCUGGGAGGUGACGGCUGCUCCUCUGACCUUCCAAAGUAUCGGCACUGCACGGGAGAACGGCUGUCUGAGCCACAGGCUUUAGGUGAGGAUUCAGAAUGGGAGACAAGCCUAUCUGGGAGCAGAUUGGGUCCAGCUUCGUACAACAUUAUUACCAGCUUUUUGAUGCAGACAGGACUCAGUUAGGAGCAAUAUAUAUUGAUGCAUCAUGCCUUACAUGGGAAGGACAGCAAUUCCAGGGCAAAGCAGCUAUUGUUGAAAAACUCUCUAGCCUCCCUUUCCAAAAAAUACAGCACAGCAUCACAGCACAAGACCACCAACCUACACCUGACAGCUGUAUACUCAGUAUGGUAGUGGGACAGCUUAAGGCUGAUGAAGAUCCUAUCAUGGGAUUCCACCAGAUAUUUCUAUUAAAGAACAUCAACGAUGCCUGGGUUUGCACCAAUGACAUGUUCAGGCUAGCACUGCACAACUUUGGCUGAGCUGGCAACCCUGAGGCACCCCAGCUUUUUUUUUUUUUAGGUUGGUUUUUUUUUGACUCCUCUCCUCUUACUGGUAUUAUUCACACUCAUGGAACAUUCCAAAUAUCAUACACAAACCUGCAGUGCUGCAGAGUAUGAGCAAAGCAAGAGCUGUGACCUGCCCUUCUGCUGAGUUUACAUUGUCAUAGAUGACUUUUUUGUGCAUGAUGUUUGGAAGUUAGACUUAGCUGCAUUUGACAAGAGAAAUUUGUGUUGUACCAGCAUGCCUUGGAAAGAAGUAAUAAUGCAAAAGGUGGUUGUUUAUGUACUGACACAAUGCUCUAUAACCCAAAGAAAUGAAAGAACAGCAGCCUGUACAUCCCAGAUAUUGAUGUGUUCAGAUGUUUCACUGCUACACAAUAAAACCUUGAAAUUUUCCUAACA